AUGUCUCUGCGAAGGGCACACUCUGAAUCUAUAGUGGAGGAACAACGCAAAAAAUGUCUUAAGCACCAUGCUGUCACUGUCUGCAAGAGUUUGAACUUACUGGAUGACGCUUUAGAAGCCUUUGCAUCACUCAAUGCCGAAGAGAAGUUGAAUGAAAUCAGGGGCAUGCUCAUGUCCUUGUGUCGUACAACCAAGUGUAAUGCAGCACAGGAGUUUAUUGAUUCCAAGGACUUUGAGGUUACGUGUUUGUUUGUUGUCGCCCAACUUGCCAUCACUAGGGAAAUUCUGACUUCGCAACGAGGACUCAUCAAAGUAAAGCUCAUGACAAGCAUCACAAAUAAAACGAACAUUUCUGUUCUUGCAAAGUCGUUAUCGUCGAGUGGUCAUGAAAUAACUGUAGCACACUGGGCUCGGUUUUCUUUUUUGCGCUCGUUGUUGGUCAACUUCAUACAGAUUGUUGAUGAAUCUGCAAGGAUCUCUGUGGCACAAAAGAGCAGAGAGGCAUCUACAGCUGUCGUGGACCCAGCACUGUUGAACAUAGAUGACGAAGAAUGUGAGGGGUUUGGAGCUGCAGAUAACACCCCUCGUAUCUGGGUGAUUUCUGAAUAUUGGGAAUACAUUGACUUACUCUUAACUGAUCUCCGAACGGAGUCUCGGAAAGCUGCCAAGGCAAGCCCUGUGACAUCGCCAGUCACAAGCAAGGGCUACUUGAAAGAUUUUUUCAAGAACUGUCUUGAGGCAGACCUCAAACAAUACUCAGCUGGCUGCGAGGGACUCAAACCAGCAUUCGAGAAAGUAACAGUUAACUGGCAGCGAGCCAUUCACAACGAACUGGUUUGGUGA